CUUCCAUUAUAAAUAAAGCAGUAACAUGAACAGACUCUCAACUUCGGAAAAUACUUUUACUUGCCGCCACAGGAGACAUGUUGCCUGGUAAUGUCAUGGAGAUCAUGGCCUCCCCGUCGUCCCUCUUCUCGGCCUACGCCUCCUUCAGCGGGUCCAUGAUGCUCGUUCGCACCAUGGUCAACGAUAUCAUUCCCCGUCCGGUCCAGGCCUACCUCUGGCAGGCCAUCCGCCGUCUCUUCAAGGCCAAUCCCCCUGUCCAGGAGCACCUGACACUCGUGGUGGAGGAAUACUUCCAUGGCCAGAAUGAGAUAUUCGAUGCUGCUGAGAUCUACCUCAGGUCCAAGAUUGAUGCCAACACCGACCGCCUCAAGAUCUCCAAGAGCUCCGAUGAGGGCGUCCUGGUCAGCUUCGCAAAGGACGAGACCAUACUUGACACCUUCGACGGGGUCGAGCUCGAGUGGAAGUUCGUCACUGUCACCACCCCCCACCAGCGCCGCGGGUCCUAUGACGAAGGGGAGGAAUCUCAGGAACAGUACUUCGAGCUGAGCUUCGAUAAGAAGCACAAGGACAAGAUUAUCGGGUCGUAUGUGCCUUUUGUGAUCGAGAAGUCGAGCGAAAUAAAAGGCAAAGAGAAGAUCUUGAAGAUGUUCACAUGUGGGGGUUACGGCCGCUCUUGGAGUUCGGUUGAUCUCCAACACCCUUCAACCUUUGACACUCUGGCCAUGGAGCCGGAGCAGAAGAAGGCUGUCAUGAACGAUCUAGACAGGUUCUUGGGUCGGAGAGAGUUCUACAAGCGUGUCGGGCGGGCCUGGAAGCGAGGGUACUUGUUGUACGGCCCACCUGGAACGGGCAAGUCGAGUCUAGUGGCUGCUAUGGCGAACUACCUCAAGUUCAACGUGUAUGAUCUCCAGCUAUCAAACAUAAGGAGCGACUCGCAGUUAAGGGAACUGCUGCUUGAAACCGGGAACAGUUCGAUCCUUGUGAUCGAGGACAUCGACUGCAGCAUCGACCUUCCGGAGCGAUCAGCGCCCACUCAGAAGGAUCCCAGGUCUGAGCUGACAUUAUCAGGGCUUUUGAAUUUCAUCGAUGGGUUGUGGUCAAGCUGCGGAGACGAGAGGAUAAUAGUAUUCACAACAAACCACGUAGAGAAGCUCGACCCAGCCCUGCUUCGACCGGGCCGCAUGGACAUGCACAUCCACAUGUCCUACUGCAUGUACCACAGCUUCAAGCUCUUGGCAGCAAACUACCUCGGGAUCCCCGAUACCGAUGACGAGAACCAUUGCCAUCGGCGUGUCUUCACAGAGAUCAAGAGCCUAUUGGCAAAGACCCAGGUGACCCCAGCAGAGGUUGCGGAGGAGCUCAUGAAGAGUGAGGACCCUCAUGUUGCCCUCGAUGGGCUUGUGAAGCUGCUCAAGCAGAAGAAAAGGGAAACGCCAACGGAUGGGAAAUUGGAGACUGUUGAAGAGAUUGAGGACCAACUAAAAGAAAAGCUGAAAAUUGAAUAACAAAAUAGUAUCUUUUCUAUUUUUUCCCUUCUUUUUAUGAAGUGUUUCAUCUUAUUGGUUGAGACUAGUCAAUACACAUGUCAUGAAGUAUUUUAACGUAUAUAUAGAGAAUUUAGUGUAA